CGACGACAUCUCCAUUUUUGUUCUUGCAGUAGUACAUCACAGCAACAGCAGUAAAAAUGUCCGCCACGUUCAAGUCGAUCAGGUCCCUCCAGCCCCUCCUGGACCGCGUCCUCGUCCAGCGCUUCAAGGCCGAGACGAAGACCGCCUCGGGCCUCUUCAUUCCCUCGUCGGCGACCCAGUCGCCCCUCCCCGAGGCGACCGUCAUCGCCGUCGGCCCCGGCGCGCCCAACAAGGACGGCAACGUCGUCCCCGUGUCCGUCAAGGUUGGCGACCGUGUUCUGCUUCCUGGAUGGGGCGGCAGCCCUAUCAAGGUUGGCGAGGAGGAGUACCACCUCUUCAAGGACGCCGAGAUCCUGGCCAAGAUCAGCGAGUAAGAAGUCAUAUAUGCAUGGGUGCACCUCUCAAGA